GACAUGGGAAACAGUGUCGGGUCGAGUGUGGAGGAGCUACAAGCCUGUGAGAGUCAUCAGUGGUACAGGAAAUUCAUGACAGAGUGCCCGUCUGGACUUCUCACUUAUUAUGAGUUCAAGCAGUUCUUUGGCCUGAGGAAUCUGUCAGCUACUUCCAAUGCCUACGUGAGGACUAUGUUUACAACGUUUGAUAUGAAUGAUGAUGGCUACAUUGAUUUCAUGGAGUAUGUAGCCGCUCUGAGCCUGGUGCUGAGGGGAGGAGUGCAGCAGAAGCUCCGCUGGUACUUCAAACUGUUUGAUGUAGAUAACAGUGGCUGCAUUGACCGCGAGGAGCUGCUUCAGAUAAUUAAGUCCAUCCGUGCAAUCAACGGAAUUCCUAGUGAGUUAUCAGCGGAGGACUUUGCCAACAUGGUGUUUGACAAGAUUGACAUCAACGGAGACGGUGAACUUUCCUACGAAGAGUUCAUGGAGGGCGUUCAGAACGACGAAGAGCUUCUGGCGACACUAACAGAGAGUUUGGACCUCACACACAUCGUCCAGAAAAUUAAAGGAGAGAUUAAUUCAAACAUCUGAUAUCUUUAGUUUUAUGGACACUGAAAUAUACAUUUUUGUAUAUCCGUGCCACAGCUGAAGAUGUGGGUUCAGGAUAACCCAGAAACCAUGGAGACAGAUGGAUGUGGAACAGUCUCUGCGUCAUUGUCACAAGUACAGCACAGUUGUACUGCUUUGAUUUUUUCCUUAUAGAGCCAGCAAAGACUUUCUAUGGACCACAAGUAUUAAAGUUAUAUUCACUGAAAGGACACAAACUUUGAAAAUCAGUGUUCAUCCUCUGUUGGUAUGCAUUUUGUCCAAUGUCUAUUAAGUGCCAUUUUUUUCCCAUUAAAAUUAGCAAUUAAUAUUAACAUUAACAACGCUGUUUUACAUUAAAUACAUGUUGAACUUUAUGGGUUUAGGUAAAAAACCCAACCAAAACUCAGAGACCCUGUAAGUUCUUUGAUUGUAGUGUUUUAUAUAAGACUGUACUGUAAACUCACUGAGAUUUCCCUUCUUCUGAGCCGUUACAGAAAUGUGGGUCAUUUUGUGAAGCCUUCACAGCAAAGCUGUUUGACCACUAUUUACACUGAUAUAUUUACCUUAGCGGUAUAUUUCAAAAUAAA